AUGGCGCCACCGAUUACUGAAAUUCUUGAGAGGAUUCUUGAUGGUCAGGCUGAACUCAUUUCAAAUAGGCUGGAAGGCACCUGCAAAGCCUUUCUGGAUUCUAAUAAGGAACUUGUUGCAUUUUUGUCCAAGUCCUAUAUACCACUACUAUCUUUAACAAAGGAACAUUCUGCUGGAGUACCGGCCUGUCGGGAGGAUAAUAUGUUAGGGAAACCGGUUGAUUCUGCACAGCUCCGCGCCUCGAUAGCAAAAUCUGUUCAGACAAAAAAUAGCAAUAAACCUACAAUAUUUACACCAUCACAGGUAGGCCGGACUGUUGAUGCUGGUUUUGCUCACAUACACUCAGCAACUAAUAAAAGUAGUUCGAAGGUUGCCAAGAAUGUAGUAUCUGGAAAAAACACAAACAACUUGAGUAUAACUGCCGCAAAGCCGUGUAAAUGGUUUUAUGUUGGAAACCUCAGUUCUGAUUGCACUGUUGACUCCCUGAGGUCUCAUAUGGUUGAUGUGGGUCUGUCAACCAUGGGCUGUGAGAAACUAAAAUCUCAGCAAGAUCAUAUCAGUUGUUUUUAA